UGAAUCAUUGGUACAUGGCUGUCCUGUGAAUCAUUGGUACAUGGCUGUCCUGUGAAUCAUUGGUACAUGGCUGUCCUGUGAAUCAUUGGUACAUGGCUGUCCUGUGAAUCGUUGGUACAUGGCUGUCCUGUGAAUCGUUGGUACAUGGUUGUCCUGUGAAUCAUUGGUACAUGGCUGUCCUGUGAAUCGUUGGUACUGUGAAUCAUUGGUACAUGGCUGUCCUGUGAAUCGUUGGUACAUGGUUGUCCUGUGAAUCAUUGGUACAUGGCUGUCCUGUGAAUCGUUGGUACUGUGAAUCAUUGGUACAUGGCUGUCCUGUGAAUCGUUGGUACAUGGCUGUCCUGUGACUUGUCAGCCUCUGGCAGAUGAUCUGAUGUCGGUGAUGCUGACUAAGCUGAAGACUGAGAGGACUGAGCUGCCUGGGUCUCACCUCCAGGCUCUGGUUAGAGUCUACACUGCUCUGUGCCGACAGAGGAGGGACUGGGACAGAGCACAUAUCCUGGCCUACAGCAUCCUUAGAGAAGAUUUCCCUGAGUCAAGCAAGCUGGUUCUGUUCAUGGUGACCACAUGGCCCAAUGUGUUCUCCUGCAGGACUGUAGUGUGCCAGGCCAUCCACACGGUCACCAAGGUCAAAGCUCACGGAGAGGUGCUCCACUGCCUAACUGCUUACCUGGGAUGGGAGACGAGUCCUCCGAGUGACGUGGAUCAGUUGGUGUCCCGCACGUGA